AUGGAGGUGUGGGCCGUCUGUCAGUGGGCUCUCUGUCAGGUGUGGGCUCUCUGUCAGGUGUGGGCCGUCUGUCAGGUGUGGGCUCUGCCAGGUGUGGGCUGUCUGUCAGGUGUGGGCCAUCUGUCAGGUGUGAGCCGUCUGUCAGGUGUGGGCUCUCUGUCAGGUGUGGGCCGUCUGUCAGGUGUGAGCUGUCUGCCAGGUGUGGGCUGUCUGCCAGGUGUGGGCCGUCUGUCAGGUGUGGGCUCUCUGUUAGGUGUGGGCCGUCUGUCAGGUGUGGGCUCUCUGUCAGGUGUGGGCCGUCUGUCAGGUGUGGGCUCUCUGUCAGGUGUGGGCUGUCUGUCAGGUGUGAGCCGUCUGUCAGGUGUGGGCUCUCUGUCAGGUGUGGGCCGUCUGUCAGGUGUGGGCCGUCUGUCAGGUGUGGGCUCUGUUAGGUGUGGGCCGUCUGUCAGGUGUGGGCUCUGCCAGGUGUGGGCUCUCUGCCAGGUGUGGGCUGUCUGUCAGGUGUGGGCUCUGCCAGGUGUGGGCUCUGUCAGGUGUGGGCUCUGUCAGGUGUGGGCUGUCUGUCAGGUGUGGGCUCUGUCAGGUGUGGGCUGUCUGUCAGGUGUGGGCUGUCAGGUGUGGGCUCUGUCAGGUGUGGGCUCUGCCAGGUGUGGGCUCUGUCAGGUGUGGGCUCUGCCAGGUGUGGGGUCUGAGGUGUGGGCUCUGUCAGGUGUGGGCCGUCUGUCAGGUGUGGGCUCUGUCAGGUGUGGGCUCUGUCAGGUGUGGGCUCUGCCAGGUGUGGGCUCUGUCAGGUGUGGGCUCUGCCAGGUGUGGGCCGUCUGUCAGGUGUGGGCCGUCUGUCAGGUGUGGGCUCUGUCAGGUGUGGGCCGUCUGUCAGGUGUGGGCUGUCUGUCAGGUGUGGGCUCUGCCAGGUGUGGGCUGUCUGUCAGGUGUGGGCUGUCUGUCAGGUGUGGGCUCUGUCAGGUGUGGGCUCUGUCAGGUGUGGGCUGUCUGUCAUCUCCCCACGUGAGCAGUGGACAGGUGUCAGACUGCACAGCCCUGAGGGCAAGCAUUUGA